UCCGAUCGCCGCACAUUCUGCUGUAAAGGCUCCUAUGAUGAUAUAUAGAGUAGACGACUUAUAGUUAAACCGCGCUGGGAAGUGGCCCAGAUUACUGAGACUUUACAGCAUCAAGUCCUAAACCGAUAUCCUGUGUUCGGACGUUUAAGCACUUAAGACUUUUUAAUACUUACAGAGGAUUUCGUUGAAAGCACCGUGGAGUUCCGAUAUACGAGACUGAUUUGUAAGAUUGUUGUUUAGGUAGACCGUCGCUUUGGUGAUUGAAGAAAAUAUUUUGACGAAUCGGACUAGUAUACCUAAUUAGGUACGGAAAAUUGUGCGGUGAACGGACUAUUGUGAUAGAGACUGUGAUUUUGUGUUGUGGACGUUCGUUUUUGGAUUUUAUACGAAAAACUAUGCCAACACAACCCGCAUAUUAAUUUAGACGCAACAUAAUUUCGUCAAUCCUGCUCAACUACGUCAUGGAGCGCUUGGAAUCACUACAGGAUUCGCAGCUGUGUCUGCAGGACCUGGUGACCGGCGUGACAACUUCCUCGGCCAACUCGGACAUGCACGGCCAUCAUCCGCUCCACGACACCACCGUGUCCGUGAGUUCCGCCAUUUCCGGUAUCAUGAGCGGAACUUCGUCGUCGGUAUUGGGACAUCACGUGACCUCGCACUCGCACGACUCGCCGCACCAUCCGGGCGUGGUGCCGCACACGCCGUCGCUGCACCACGAACCGCUGGAGAAGCUGAAACUUUGGGCGGAAACCGGAGAUUUUCGGGAUGCUCACAACGGGAUGACGGGAUCAACAAUGGACCAUCCUCAGUUACCUUUUCCUGCUGCCGUUAGGACGAGAACACGAGAAAGAAAAGCCAGUAGAUCGCUGUCGGACACGAUAAAAACGGAGUCGGGCGUAGGCGUAGAAUCAUCAGAACCUGAUGACGGAAAAAACGACAAAAAGAACAAAAGACAAAGGCGGCAGAGGACCCACUUCACGAGCCAGCAGCUACAAGAAUUAGAAGCAACUUUCGCUAGGAAUAGAUAUCCCGAUAUGAGUACUAGGGAAGAAAUAGCCAUGUGGACGAAUUUAACGGAAGCUAGAGUUAGGGUAUGGUUCAAAAAUCGCAGAGCAAAAUGGCGAAAACGCGAACGCAACGCCAUGAACGCAAUGAACGCCGCCGAAUUCAAAACCGGUUUCGGCACCCAGUUCAACGGCCUCAUGCCCACCAUCAGCGACGACAGCUUUUACUCGUACUCUACCUACAACAACUGGGCCACCAAGGUGCCCAGUCCGCUAGGAACCAAACCCUUUUGGCCAGUGGUUCCCACUAACCACCACCAGAGCCCUGUUAACUGUUUUAACGCAGCUUCAUCCGUGACAGGAGCUACGAUGUCAGGCGCUGUAAGUUCAAUGCUUCCGGGUGGUAUGGGUACUGUGAUGACUUCGGCACCUGGAUCGGUGUCGGCGCAACCUUGCCCGUACACAACUCCGGCGAAUCCCUAUUCCAUGUACCAUCAUAGAGGAGCCUCAGAGCCUUGUACUGCUAUGUCAGCUUCGAGCAUAGCUUCCUUAAGGCUCAAGGCCAAGCAGCACUCCCCGUUCGUAGGCUACUCAAGCGUUAGUCCCGUCAGAUCAUCUUCCACGGGAUUGUCGGCUUGCCAGUACGCGGGGAGUGGGAUAGGAGUAGGGGAAAGGCCCGGCUGAGAACACGAGUUGGCCCUAAUCGGCCAUCUUAAGCACGAAGACCAGGACGAUUGAAGGACGGGGUUUUGGAUGCAAUUUUAAAUUGUUACUCCAAAUAAUAAGUAGUUCAAUGGUUUUGAUCGAAAUGUGUAUAUAUGUAUAUGCGUAAAUAUGACUUGAUGUUUUUGUAAAUAAGAAAAGAGAUCGAUGAGAAAUUUUGAAAUCUU